AUGGCCUCCAUGGAUUACGAGAACGAGAACGGCACUCGCUACGAGGACGAGGCUCCCCGUUACGAGCGCGAUCGCAGUGCCUCCCCUCGACCUACCCGUCGUAAUGAUAGUCCGCGAGGCCAACGCCGGUCUGCAUCUCCUAAUGGCAACGGUCAUAUUGACAGCCGUGGUCCCCCAAAGAACGAUCGCGGACCUCCCCAGGAUGAUGGCGCAAUCAACCCAGGCUCUAACCUGUUCGUCACUGGCAUUCACCCUAAGCUCUCGGAGCUCGAAGUCACCCGCCUCUUCGAGAAAUACGGAGAUGUUGAGAAGUGCCAAAUCAUGCUUGAUCCCCACAGCAAGGAGUCUCGUGGCUUCGGUUUCGUCAAAAUGGUCACUGCCGACCAGGCUGAUGCCGCAAAGGAGGGUCUCCAAGGCGAAGUCAUCGAAGGCCGCACUCUGAGCAUUGAGAAGGCCAGACGUUCCCGCCCUCGUACUCCAACUCCAGGCAAAUACUUUGGGCCACCGAAGAGAGGCUAG